GCCCGCCCGCUGCGGCGAUCGGCUCCGGAGGCUGUCGGGGCUGUCUGACCGCGCUCUCUUCGCCGCCGCUCCGCCAUGUGGCUGCCGGCUGUUUGCGUGCUGCUCUUUCUCGUGGGCGCCGGUUCAGCCCAGUUGCUAUUUAAUGUGACAGACUUUGUUGAAAUAACUCAGUGUAAUAAAACUGUCAUUUUGCCUUGCUAUGUGACAAAUCUAAAGGAAAACAGCACAAAAGUCAUGUUUGUUAACUGGAGAAAAGAAGACAAAACAAUUUUUUCUUUUGAUGGAGAAAGAGAGGAGUUCCUCAGAGAUCCAAGUGUCCCAUCAGCUAACUUAGUAUCUCAGGCAAAUUUACCCAAGGGUACUGCCUCUCUAAAGCUUAGCAGUGCGGAAGCAAAACCUGGAAAUUACAGUUGUCAAGUAACAGAAUUAAACAGAGAAGGAAGAACAACAGUUGAACUUCGAAACAUCUCAGUUGUCAGUUGUGAUGACGUAUGCACAUCAGCACCAAAGGAAAAACGUGGAUCAUGGUUUCUUCUAGUGGAAAGGGCUAUCAUCAUAGUGUUGCUGUUCUUAGUUAUUAUUUUGUGUUCGGCUCAGUUAAUUGUUAUUGUGUUAAAAUAUGAAAUUGAAACUUCGAUGAAAACGGGCAUUUUUGUAGCAGGUAUCAUCUUCACAGUUGCUGCUGUUAUAGGCACUGUUCUUUUUGUCCAAGAUGGCUAUGCUGCACAGAAUCAAGCUGGUCUUGGCCUAAUUGUAGUACCUGCUGUGAUUUUGGUACCACUUCAAUACUUGAUGUUUGGAAUUGUUUUCAAUAGUCUACCACAAGCAGCAUAUGCUCUGAUAGCUUUGCACAUCCUUGGUUACAUAAUUGCUGUGGUUGGUUUUGCACUGUGUGUCUCAGCCUGUCCUCCAUUACAUGGUUCUGUUGUGAUUGCUGGCUUAGCUAUUAUGGCUAUUGCAAGUGUGCUUAGUCUGGCUGACAUAUUUAUUAUGGGUUCCAGAAUGAAAGAUCAUCCUCGUCCAGGGAAAGCUGUAGAAGAACCACUAAAUGAACCACAGAGUUAUGUGAUAUUUGAGAAGUACACCGUUGUUGAUACACUGUGGCCUUGAAGAUGCACUAAGCAAAGAGAAGAAUUUCAGGAAACUAGUUGUUUUGCAUGUGUGGCAAAAGUGCUUUUGAUAUAAAUGAUGUAAUUUUUUAGUCACAGCAGCUGUAGCAAGGAACAUGUGUAUUUGCCCACAUGUGAUCUUUAUUUUCUUUUGUUAUGGUAUAUAUAUGGUACAGUUGAAGGCGAGAAUAUAAAAAGCACUGUUUGCCCACUAUGGGGUGUCCCUGCAGUAAUCCUUAGUGGUAUUAUUUUCAAAACCUAUCAUUAGUCACUGCUUUGAUAAUGGGCCUGCUCAGCCCAGAGAUUGCAAUACCAUGUAGACUAUUGUUUCUUUUAUUUGUGUGCAUGGACAAGGUAUGGUCAUGUGUCUUAUGAUACAAGCAGGAAAUAGCGAUUAUACAAACACUUCUUUUCUGACAUUCAAACUUUUAUUAAAAAAGUACAUAAAAUGCUUAUACACAACGUUGUGUAAGUACAGCGAUUACUCCCAGCUCUCCUGAAGUUAUGAACUGAAUUCUCCCAAUUCCACAAACCAGAAAUAUUCCUCUCCAUGGGCAGUAGUCAUGUAUACUCUGGUGGCCGAUAUUGUAGUCCAGUGAGAGAGAGCUCUCUGUGCCUCUUCGUAUUUUUUUGAUGAGAAACUGCUCAGUUGUUGGAGCCUAAUUCAGCAUAUGAAUUACAGAGCACAGCAGGUAGUAAUUUUCAUGCUGAAUGCGGUUCUUGUGUGUCUUCAUGAUGUGCAGUGUGUGGUACUGGAAGCCAUUUCAGACUUUCUUAACUCAGUGAAUUUGUAGAACUCAUUGAUGCUUCAUAAAAAUAGGAGUUGUCCUAUUUAGUGUCUUUUUUGACAGUUUUAAAAUCUGUUUUCUUUAAUGGAAAAGGAACCAUUUCACUUCUGACCCAAGUUUGUGAUGCUGCUGGUAUGUCACAAAUAUAUAAAAUAAGUAAGAGGAGCCAAUGAGAAGUGAGGAGGCUCAUUUUGUGUAUAUAUGUAAGAGGAACAGGUAAAAAUUCAUUUUCUAGGACUUGCACAUUCCAUGAGCUUUUACCAUGUUUUACAGAUGUUUUGAGAGCUUUUCCAAUAUGGUUCUCUUGGACUUUGUGUAUAUUUUGUAGAAAUUUUCACUCUGUUCUGUUCGUACUAAGCUAAUAUGUUUCAAAGGCACACAUGGUUUUCUCCUUCUAACAAUUUAAAACUUUGUUUAAAAAGCUGUUGCCAAACAGUAAUGUAAUGAAGUCCACUUUUAUAAAGAAUCCCGAGAAAUCUGGCAAGUCUCAGAGUUGGAUGUUAAAAACUAAGGUUCAUAUCUGUGUUGUGGAUGCACAUUGCAGUGAUUCAGGUCUCUGCAUGUUGUGCUCCAAGUCUCAAUGCAGACACCUUGUGGCAAGAACUCAACUAAAUAAAAUGGAGGUAUCUGAAUUUACAGAAUUUACUCUCAUAAGCAGUCCUUUUACUAGGGCUGCAGGACUGAACAUACUGGAGCAGCCCAUGGUCCAGUCCUCACUAAGGUCUGUGGAAGUGGCCACAGUGAAGAGAGUUAAGUCAUGGGGUACAACAUGUUAAGAAGCAUAUAUAGUUUACACUUUCAUACCUUCACUUUUGUCAAUGUGAUUACAAUUAAGCUCCUAUACAUGAAUCUUCUGAUACAGGUUUUUCCAUAAUCACAGCACUCUCUACCUGAAAACGGGAGAUUACUCUCAGUUUACAAUUCAGUGUAAGAAUUUACCUGAAUAAGGACCAUGCAGAGCUCCCUAGGGAUUCCCUCUGGCAGGUUGAAAGUUGAGCAGCUGAGGAAUGAAAAACAAAUCAACUGGAAUUCUGUUGAGGUAUUCUGCCUUAUAAAAUCACUUUUUAUUAUAGCUUUAUGCUAAGUUCUGUAAAGCAAACUGCAGUAGAACCUGUCUGUGUCACUGUGGGGUGAAUGAGGCUGAGCUGUUACUAGGCUUUCCUGAAGCAUGAGGAGCUCAGUGGCCCUGUAAUCACGCAUAGGCUGCAGAAUCAGUUGCCCCAGUAAUGGGAGAAACCCACGAUGCCCUUGUUGUGUUACACAUUUCUUGUGGGCACAGAGUUAAAAAUGAGAGUUUAAAAGUUGUUCAUACACCCAGCCCUUUCCCACCAGUAAUUUAAAACCAAAGUUGUUCAUAACUAUUGCCAUUUGUGGGUGUACGUAUGUGUGUAUAUGUAAGUAUAUAGACAAUUUAAAUAUCUAAAGAUCUAUAGUCUUUACCCAAGAAAAUGUUUUUAUUUAUUUAUGAAACAUGAAACAAUUUUGUAAAUAUUGUGCUAAUAUACUUUCAAAAUAAAGUCAUUUUAAGUUGUU